AAAUACAAAGUGGAUAUGCCAGUGGCGUGUUGUUUGUGUAUACUCCGAGAUUUCUCUUAAUUUAUUCAAUUUUUUAUGUGAGAUUCGCUGUAAAAAUUUGUCAAGUGAUGUUUAAUUAUUUAAUGAACGAUUCUGUGCAAAGGUUUUUAAUUUCAGAAGCACAUGUCUGUAAUUAUUUCCAUUUUCGUAUUGACACUUGCUAUCGCUGAAUCUGUUCCUAUCUUUGUGUGUAGGCCUAUUGUGCGUGAGCUAUUAUAACCCUGCAAGUAAAAGUGCGUCGAGCUAUCAUGCCGUUUCAAAAACAUCAUCCUCCGGUAAAAAUGAUUGGAUUAUCUUCAUAUUUUUUAAAUAGUUCUCCAAUUCUAUAAUUACUAAUCAGGCUCAUAAUGGCCACAGAUUAUAAAUUAAUAGGAGUACCUUGCGGCCAACAUGGGCCUUAUACAUUUUACAAAGCAUUCAAAUAUAGAAAAAAUGGAAAAGCCAAUAUUUUGGCACUUAGUGAAUUCUUUUUUGUAAAAAUGUGGAGUGAUAAUGACUUGAUUAGCAUUGGGGAGCUUCAAUUACUGUGGGAGGACAAAAACACCGAACAAACUCUAGCAAGUCUUCGAUUAUACAUUCUUCCAGAAAACACCCCGGAUGGCAGGCAGGAUUUCCAUGGAGAGGAUGAAGUGCUGGCAAUCACUGAGAAGGUGGUGCUGCGAGUGGAGGACCUGCUCACUUGUCUGGCGGACGCGGCUUCCGACUGGAGCUGGGGGCAUGCUGCGGCCGACUGCGGCAUCUCAACCGCAAGCGGCAGCGGUACCUCAACCGCUAGCACCAGCGCAGCCGCAACCGCUAGCACCAGUGGAGCCGCAACCGCAAGCACCAGUGCAGCCGCAACCGCUACCGCAAGCACCAGUGCAACCGCAACCGCUAGCACUAGUGCAGCCGCAACUGCUAGCACCAGUAGAACCGCAACCGCUAGCACCAGUGCAGCUGCAACCGCUAGCACCAGUAGAACCGCAACCGCUAGCACCAGUGCAGCUGCAACCGCUAGCACCAGUAAAACCGCAACCGCUAGCACCAGUGCAGCUGCAACCGCUAGCACCAGUAGAACCGCAACCGCUAGCACCAGUGCAGCCGCAACCGCUAGCACCAGCGGAAGCGGCAGUGCAACCGCAAGCGGCAGUGGCAAGCUGCGUCUGGACCGCGUGCGACGGCCGCAACUGCUCAACGACUGCACCGCCAUCGAGAUGGACGAUGUCGACAAGGAGAAGCAGCUCUUGGACUCAGUGCACUGGGAGACAAGCAUCGGCGUAGUGGUGCUGAGCUUCCCGCGCUACUGUCGCUACCGCGGCCUGCUCAAGCGACUGGAGGGAGUGCACAACAAAUGGCUGCGAACGGCGCUGGUCGUCGCGCUGGGCGGAUUCACGCUGCCCUGUCGCAACACGCGCGUCCUCUUCUGCAAGGACACCUUCGACUACCCCGACCUGGAGGGUCACGAGCUGCUAUGCAACCAUCUCGCACCAAAGCUGAAAGGAAGACCUCGGAAAAAGAGAAAGAUCUACAGCAACACGCCUGAAGGCUCCGAAUGCGAAUCCGAGUCAUCACAAUCAACGGCUUCUGCUUCUUCCACAAAGACUAAAGUGAGCUACCCGUUGGAGAAGAGUCGGAAUGGUCUGAGUCCCAGAAGAAGUACGCGUGGUACUGGCACAAUACAAGAGAAAGAGUUCCUUGAUAAGCUGUUUGCUUUCAUGAAAGGAAAAAAUAAUCCCAUCACCAGGAUACCCAGUAUUGGCUUCAAAGAAAUUGAUCUCUAUUCGUUUUACCAUAAAGUUCAGAACCUGGGCGGAUACGACGCGGUGACGGCAGGCCGCAUGUGGAAGUAUGUCUAUGAGGAGUUGGGAGGCGACCAGAACAGCACUAGUGCUGCCACCAUCUCCCGCAGACAUUACGAAAGGUUACUACUGCCCUACGAAAGGCAACACGGCGGCAACCACGUGACCAGCAAAGUGAAGAGCAAAGCGAGCGGAGAGAGUUCUUCGGCCGCAACGUGCUCUGCCUCGACGAGUGGCGUCUCUUCUGGGGCGGCGACUCCAGUCACCUCGCGUGACAUCAUGACCUCGCUCAACCUCAGCUCAUCCGUUAGCAUCACGCCUUCGGUCACCAUCACACCCAAUCUGCCCCCCAGUAAAACCGAUAAGGAGAAACGAUUAUCGAAUAAAAUAACAUCACUUAGAGGCAUUAGAUUGAAACCCGAAAAGAUGCUAGUGGAUGCUGGUGGUGGAAAAGAGAAUAUUCCAGUUUCCAACAGUUCAAAUCUUUCUUCUAAACCCGACCUCUCUUCAGAGCUGAUUGACCUCUGCUCUGAAGAUUCUCAGUCACCUACCAAAGGAAACGUUUCUGUGCAACCUACACUGAAAAAGCAGAAACUGGAAAUCCUGAAGGAAGGCGGCCUGGAAGUGACACCUGUGACGUCAUCGACUGCAGUCAGCUCUUCGUCGGGUGGGGGUGAAGAGGGACGACCCUCGGUCAUCCGGCAUUCGGUUCCCGACACCUCCAUCACAGACUCUUCGUCCGAAAACAAAGCCAGUAUUAGGGUGCCCGAGAUGAAUCGGGCCUGCUUGAAUAUCCCCGAGAUAAGUAGGUCGAAGAUGAUUGAUUCAAGGUCGAAAACGUCGUCGCCCGACCGAACCAGGUCGAAAAUCUCCAUCAUGGUCACACCUGAUCUCCCAGCCAUGUUCGCCCCUCCCUCCGCGCACACCAGCAACGGUGCGUCGAACAAAGCCAACAGUAUUAUCGAUAAGAACGGGCCGCAGCAACGACUGUACCCCUCGCCCCCCGCGUCACCCUGGGCAAAGCGCACAAUCUACGGAAAUCCUAAAGACAUAAUUCAACCGACCAUCAAACGACCUGUGGCCGAGGAAGUGCUGGAUUUGAGGAUGAAAGGUGUUAGUGAAAGUGGUGGCAGAUCGUCAACGAAAAGUGUGCUGCCCAACUGUCACCAGAUCGGGUCUAACUUGGAGAUAACUCUUGUGCCGAGCAAGAUGAGUGGUCUGCCCCCGGCACCCGUCAGCAGUCCCCUUCCCGCCCCACACGCCCCCACCUCGCACAGGAGGAAGAAGUCGAGUCCUGCUCCUGCGCAUAGUUUCAGCAACGGCCACGUGGAGGCGUCACGAUCGCCCCAGUUGCUAGGCAACACCAAACAACCGUCACACUCGCCCAACCUGUAUCAGUCUUCCCUCGUCAUUCCCAACGUCUCCCUCUCCACCAACAACAACCGAAGGAAGUCGGGGGGCAAAAAGUCAACUACCAACACAGCAUCACAACAAAUCACCAACAACUUCCCGAUGCAGUUUGCCAACUUCAAGACACCUUCAAUGGUGUCUCCCUCGACUGCGACGGCUCUAGACUCGUUCUACCUGUCGGCUCUGUUCAACAACCUUCUUCCAGCCACAUCGACAGCUGCGCAGUCGGUCUUCGGACCUGCACAACAGCUGCAGCUCUACAAGGAGCUCUACUGCCGUCAGCUGACGUCAGCUGCAUCAGCUGAUCCCCUCCCCGAGAACUUCCCUCGCCUCCUGCAGGAUGGCUCCACUUCCAUUACGCUUGUCGCCAACAAUUCGACCCCCACCUCCAAGUGACCCUCCAAUCACCUCUCUACUAAUAGCUUAUUCUUUGUAUGAAAUUCCAGUGUAUGGCAGUUAUUCAGUGGCGUAAUUAUUAUUAUUAAUUAUGUUGAUAAUUUGAAAUGAUAAUCAAUUCGAAUAUCCAAUGACUGUUCCAGCAGUUGUUCAACUGCAAUUUCUAAUAAACCAUAUUAGAAAUUACUUUUUAAACUUAUCAUCACAUCAAGUUUUUAUUGUCCAAUACUUUGCCUUCGAUACUUAAUUUAAUAAAGUAAUAUUAUAAUACACUAUUGUAACAUUCCAUUAGGUCUUGUUCAAAAAUCAAAAACGUUUUAUUGAAGAUCUCAUCAAUGUUCAUAUAAACUACACUUUCAUAAUCACACUAGACUUGUAGACAGAUGUACAACUCAACAAUAGACUUGAUUUGUAGUAUACAACCGGGAUAAACUAACAAUUCCCUUCCCACUUACACAACAAUUUUCAUCAUUUCAUUUGAAUAUCAACAGUAAUAACUAAUUUUACGCCACUGAAACAACUAGGUAGCAAUAUUAAAUAUCUUUUUCAAUAUGUCCUAGCUUUUGCUGUCCAUGGUAUCAAUAAAUCAUAUUUAUUCAAGUGUAACUACAAUGUACUACAGAAUCAUGAUAUUAUGAUAAUGAAAUGAAUCCGUUUUAAACUAUUGUACCCAACUCAAUAAUCUAUAGAAGCUCCUGAAAAUAAUUGUUUAUCACAUUCAGUGUAUCAUCUCUCUUUGAUUUUCAAACGUAUAAAUGAGUUUGAAUUACUGUCCAACUAUCAAUUAUUACCACAGCUUAUAAAUUUCAUAUUUUCUCAUGAUCGGAAUCAGAAGUUAAUUUGAUGAAUGAUUUCAAUUGAUUUAAAUGAUUAAGUUCCAUUGAAGCAGGCUUCAUAAUUGAAAUUGUGACCAUUUUCUAGAUUUUUUCAUAUUAAUCCAUCCACUGUAAAUAAGAUUGUGUACUAACAGAUACCCAUGUGCCAUACCAUUAUCUAUAGAUAUACCUUUGCAAUUGCUCUAGUUGAACAUCCCGCCCAGCCUUUCGAGUUACUCCUCAGUUGUGAUAGAACGAUAUUACUAUAUACAGUAGUUUGAUUAUUUAUGAACUCCAUGAGUUCUUUCGAUUAGAAUAAUAUUUGUACGGUACAAAAUGAUUGUAAAUUCAAUAUAUUAUCAUCAUGUAUAUUUAUUAUAUAUGAUAUGGAUUAAUAAUAAUUGAAGAAUAAGAUAUUAUGUAGUGAAUAUUGUAGAUUAUAAAUUAAUUAUAAUACGAAUUAUAUCUUCAACUAAAUGUGUAAUUAUAAUUAUAUACAACACUCUUGUUGUAUAAUUAGUGUGUAGCAAAUUUUCUAAGUAACAGAUAGAUUUAAUAGGGAUAUUAAGAAUUUUAGUAUAGUGUAAUUAUUGUGAUUUUUCGUAUUUAGUUUAAGUAAAUUUAUAUUUGAUGAUUGAUAAUUCUGAGUGACAAAUAACAGAGACAGUUUAUAAGUUUACUGGAUUAUAAACAUUUGAUUUUUUCAAUAGGUACUAACAUUCCUUACAUGUCUCUUCAAAUAAAAGUUAAAUUUCAUAACUCAAAUCCAAACAGAGAUUUCUCAAUGAAGCCAUGUUAAUAAAUAAAUGAGUAUUGAUGACUUCUAGGCUAAUUUUGAAGAUGGAAAGUGACAGUUUCAAUAUUACAUUAUAUCCACGCCAUUCACUUUCUUCUCAUGAGAUGAUCGAAUUAUAUUUUCAAGAGAAAACUUGAAUUCUCAAAUUAAACUUUUCUGUAUGUACCGGUACUUGGAUGUCUGUCUGUAUCUUGCCUAUUAUUAUUCCUGUUCGAAUUAUAUUUCAAUGCAAGUACUGUAAGCUAUACUAGAUUAAUCUUACACGAUAGACACUAUGGUACACUUUAAAUAACAUUAAAUGAAAAUAUUCUUUAUUGGCCGCAGUUAGGACUUUCUAGUCCUCUCUAAUCUUUCUACUACUUUCUAUAUCAAUGCUUGAUUUAUUUUCAAAUAUUCUUGAAUUAUAUUACCUAACCGUUGAUAGAAUGAAGUCUGUAAGUGAUAUUCAGAAAUAUUUUUGUCACAAAAUUCAGUAAUAAGGCACAAAAUGUAUGUUUUCAAAAGUUUUAAUAAUAUGCAUAUAACUCAAUUUGCCACACUAUUUUUCAUCUUUUGCUUGUCUCUUAUAGAGCUGGUGUACAGGUAUUCGUUUAAGAAUUUAUAACGUACCUUAUUAGUUCAUCACAUUAGUAUAUCAAACAUGAUUGAAUUCCUAUCAUAUUAUUACAUCAAACAUGAUUGAAUUCCUAUGAUCAUAUAUUUAAUAAAUCUCAAAUUAAUACCAGUGGAUGAAUCUGAUAUGAAAUUGGCAUAGAUCACGAAUUCUCAUUAUGCCAAAUAAUUAAUCAUGAAACUAGAACAAUCCUAUAUUCGUUCAACAUUCCAUGGAUGCAAUUAUUAAGAUGAGAUUUUUCUCCAAGUAAUGAGAAAAAAUUGGAAAUUCUUUUGAUCAAUUCAAAUUAUAUAGGCUUCAUGCUAACUAGAGUAAAUCACAAUUUGUGAGACAAGACCUUCUAUUACGCAUCUUGUUCUAGCAACAGUUAAAUUUCAUCAAUUUAAUCUCUCCUCUACACUUUUCUGAUAUAAUUUAUCUUGAUACCAUUAUUCAGGCAUAUCUAUUCAAAGAACGUGUUUCAGUAAUCUGAAAAUUCAAACAGAACUUUAAUUAAUUUAUCUAUGUUAUUUCUUUCCAUGUUUUUCAAUCAUCUUAUUUAUUCGUUAAUUCAUAUUCAGUCAUCUGAAAUUAGCACAAUAUUAUCAUGCCAACUUGAUGUAAAAUACAAGUAAUUCAGACUGUCUUCUAUUGUGUUUAAUUUAUUCUACUUUGAUUGUAGGCUAAAGAUAGUAUAAAUUGAUGUUCUAUAAGUUAGGUAAUAACGUAUUAUGCUGAUGUUUGUUCCCAUCAGUUGCGUACUAUUAAAUGACUGUGAAACUCUUGAAUUUUUGAAUGAUUAGUUCAUUGAUGUAAAUCUUAUACUUUUAUAAUAAAAGACAACCAUAACGUU